AUGAAUGAUCCUUCAGAGGAAAAGCCGAUGAAAAAUAAUCAUCAUCAUCGUCAUAGGGAUGAGAACGAAGAAGCGAAUGAAGAUGACCUUGAGGAAGAAGAGGAAGAUGAGUCUGGAGAGGACGACUCAGAUGCUGAACGACGAAAAGCCGAAUAUGAGAAAAUGAGACAGGAAAGAAUCAAUAGAAAUCAGAAAUUGUUGGAAACACUCGGACUCAAACAAACAAUUGCUCUUUCUCUCACACCGACCAAGCCUUCUAAUAGUAGUAGUCAAGUCUUUGAUGCAGGAUCAGACAUGACCUCAACAGGCAAAAAGACCAAAAAACGAAAGGAACCACCUGAAACGAUCAGAACCUCAUCACGAAUAUCAACCAAUAAGAGGAAAUCCAGUUAUAAAGAACAAGAGGAAAUGGGUGGUAAAAAAUUGGAAGAAGAAAUUCUUGCACUUGUGCUAAAAAGAGCUAAAGGAAGAAUGCAACAAGCCAAAUUCUUAUCGGAACUUCACAAACGAUUUCCGAAAGAAAUCAUGAUAGAGAAGCUUGAAAAUUUACCAAAACCCUCUGCUGAAUCUGUAGAAUAUAUCAAUGAAUUUCUAGUACCCAUAUUAUAUAAUGUAACAUAUGAGGAUGACGAAUAUUUGGCAUAUUUGUGUACUGGACCUGAAAAGGCAGUCAAAAAUUUGGUGCUUGCCUUUAAUGCUGCUGUGGCUUCCAAUUAUACCAUGAAUUUUCCUCUCCUUAUUUCUGUAUUUACCAAUAUCACGAGCAGAAGUAAGAAAUUAUUAGUUUUGCAAAAUAUUGACUUGUAUUCGGUUGUUGACAACACUGAUGUGCCACUCUAUGAAUUUCUAUAUUUAUUAAGAAAUAUUGUUCUUUCGGAUACUCCAGGGAAGAGAACAAAUGAAUGGUUUUCAAAGAAGAAGAGUCGAGAAAUCAUGACGAGUGUACUAGGAGGUAUUUUGACAAGAAUACAAAACGAAGCAGACAGAAAGUCAGAGUGUUAUUCCCUAUUCAUUGAGGUUUGCGCUAUACUUUCUCGUGACAAGUCCGCCUCUCAAAUUGUUCAAGAUACCAUCAAAUCAUCGCAACUAAUUUCCCUGUUAGAAAUGCACAUUGAUGCAACCAUACUUCCCACAGCUGUCCUUAGUAUGGUCUAUCUUUGUGCCCACAUACCUCUUGCCAAUGACAAAGAAGAAAAGAAAUUAUUGAAACUUGCCAAACAAAAUCGAAGUUUCUUUCAAGAGACCAUUCCAGACAACCCAUGGAUUGACUUUUCAUUUAUUGAAGAUUUACUGUCUUCUUCAGGUGAGAGAUAUAUUGCGUUGGGAGUUUUAGCUUUUGAUGGAUGCUAUGACGUUUUAGAUGCAACAUUUUACACACUCAAAAAUUUGCUGACCUCAGCAGAAGUAGCAAAUGCAAUUGAGAGAGUGAAUGACUCUGAAAUCAAAACAAUUUAUUCGAAUCUAGUUGAGAAAGUUAACCAUUACAAGGAAGACGAGGAAGAGGAAGAAGGAGUUUCUGAACCAAAAGAAGAAGAGGAACCGCUUCAAGAGAAAUAA